GGCCUCUCCACCACCAUAAACCCUCGCUCUUCUUCUUCUUCUUCUUCUCUCUCUUCUCUCCGGCGAAAAAUGACGAAGGUGUACGGCACCGGCACCUACGACUUCAAGCGCCAUCGGGUCGCCGAGUACCCGGUUGAGCCGCCCCUCCAGCUCGCCGACAAGCCGGCCGACUCCAAGCCCGGCUCCUCCCUCCCCGCCUCCAUCACCCUCUCGGAGAUCCAGCGCGACCGCCUCACCCAGAUCGCCGCCGCCAACUGGCUCGUCUCCUCCGGCGGCGGCGAGGCGGGGGGCGGUGAGGCGGAGGGCGGGGGCGGGAGGCCCUUCGACCUGGAGCUGGUCAAGGACAUCUACGAGACGGAGCUGGUGGUGAAGGGCGGGCGGAAGCCGGUGCCCUUGCAGCGGGUCAUGAUCCUCGAGGUGAGCCAGUACCUGGAGAACUACCUGUGGCCGAAUUUCGACCCGCGGGCCGCGACGUUCGAGCAUGUCAUGUCGAUGAUUCUCAUGGUCAAUGAGAAGUUUCGAGAGAAUGUGGCAGCUUGGACAUGCUUUUAUGACCGGAAGGAUCAGUUCAAGGGAUUUCUUGACAGGGUUCUCCGUCUUAAGGAGGGAAGGGACUUAAGUAUUCCUGAGAAAACUAAUUACUUGGUUUUCAUGAUUAAUGCUUUUCAGAGUUUGGAAGAUGAAAUGGUCAGUGAGACCGUUUUGAGAUUAGCAAGUCUGCAAUCUUGGCACAGUUUGUCGUUUGGUCGUUUCCAGAUGGAGCUUUGCCUCAACCCUGAUUUGAUUAAAAAAUGGAAAAGGAUGAUAAAGAGAGAGAGCAAGGAUGCCGCGAAACGUGGUGAGCAGUUUGAUCCCUCUUCUAAGUUGGAGUCAAACUUCUUGAGGAAUCUCAUGGAGGAGUUUUUGGAGGUACUUGACUUCAAGGUUUUCCCCCAACCAGAUGAUGACAAUGGGAAUGAUGGAACAAUUGGUGCCUACAGUCUUGGACGAGUUGAUGAUGCUUCCGUCCUAUAUUGCGAGAGGUUUAUAGAAUUCCUCAUCGAUCUUCUGAGCCAGCUGCCAACAAGAAGGUACCUGAGGCCUCUUGUGGCAGAUGUGGCCAUUGUCGCCAAAUGCCAUUUAAGUGCUCUGUAUAGACAUGAAAAGGGAAAGCUCUUUGCACAACUUGUUGACUUACUACAGUUCUAUGAAGGCUUUGAAAUUAAUGACCAUGUGGGCACACAAUUGACAGAUGAUGAGGUGGUUCAGUCUCAUUAUGAACGCCUUCAGUCUUUCCAGCUACUAGCUUUUAAGAAGGUCCCCAAGCUGCGUGAACUUGCAUUGGCUAACAUCGGUGCAAUUCACAAGAGAAAUGAUCUCACAAAGAAAUUAUCUGUACUUACCAAAGAUGAGUUAAGGGACUUAGUCUGCCACAAGCUUAAGCUGGUCUCUAAGGAAGAUCCCUGGUCAGAUAGGGUGGAUUUUCUUGUUGAAGUCAUGGUAUCCUACUUUGGAAAACAACAGUCUCAGAAAGAAGCUAUAAAUGCGCUGCCACUCUACCCUAAUGAGCAGAUCAUGUGGGAUGAAAGUCUUGUACCUAGUAUAAAUUACUCAGGGGAAGGUUGUCUGGCUCUUCCCAAACUCAAUUUACAGUUCCUGACACUCCAUGACUAUCUUCUAAGAAAUUUUAAUCUCUUUCGUCUUGAGUCCACAUAUGAGAUUCGCGAGGAUAUUCAGGAGGCUGUGCCUCACCUCCUUGCAUACAUCAAUAAUGAAGGAGAAACUGCAUUCCGUGGUUGGUCAAGGAUGGCUGUGCCAAUCAAAGAAUUUAAGAUGACAGAGGUAAAGCAGCCGAAUAUUGGCGAGGUUAAGCCUGCGUCUGUGACAGCGGCAGUAACUUUUAGCAUUUCCAGUUAUAGAGCUCAAGUAAGAUCAGAGUGGAAUGCCCUCAAAGAGCAUGAUGUCCUAUUUUUGCUCUCCAUCCGCCCCUCAUUUGAGCCUCUUAGUGCAGAGGAAGCGUCAAAGGCUAGUGUGCCACAGAGGCUUGGCCUUCAGUAUGUGAGGGGAUGUGAAAUUAUUGAGAUCCGUGAUGAAGACGGAACUCUUAUGAAUGAUUUUACAGGAAGAAUCAAACGGGAUGAGUGGAAGCCCCCAAAGGGUGAAUUGAGGACUGUUACUGUUGCUCUGGAUGCAGCGCAGUACCAUAUGGAUGUCACUGAUAUUGCAGAGAAAGGUUCAGAGGAUGUUUAUGGCACGUUUAAUAUAUUGAUGAGGAGAAAACCCAAGGAAAACAACUUCAAGGCAAUAUUGGAAUCAAUAAGGGACCUUAUGAAUGAAUAUUGCAUUGUUCCUGAGUGGUUGCACAACAUAUUUCUGGGCUAUGGGAAUCCUUCUGCAGCACAGUGGACUAAUAUGCCUGAUCUUCUUGAUGUUGUAGAUUUUAAGGAUACUUUCCUGGAUGCAAACCAUUUAAAAGAGAGUUUCUCGGAAUAUGAGGUGUCCUUUGUAAAUCCAGAUGGCUCGGAAAACUCCCUACCAAAACCCCCUUUUCGCAUAAGACUUCCAAGGACUUUGAAAUCCAAUACCCAUGCUCUUCCAGGGAACAGGAAAUCUGAUACUUCAAUGGAUGAUGUUAAUGUGGCAGAUGCUGGUUCUGAAAAGGAAAAUCUCAUUGUUGAAGCUUAUAUCCCCCCUGAUCCAGGUCCUUAUCCCCAAGAUCAGCCAAAGCAAAAUUCUGUUAGAUUCACACCUACACAGGUUGGGGCAAUUAUCUCAGGCAUCCAACCAGGACUGACGAUGGUUGUUGGUCCACCUGGUACUGGAAAGACUGAUACAGCAGUGCAGAUAUUGAAUGUUCUUUAUCACAAUUGUCCUUCUCAGAGAACAUUGAUAAUCACUCAUUCAAAUCAGGCUCUUAAUGACCUAUUUGAGAAGAUUAUGGAGAGGGAUGUGCCUGCACGCUAUCUUCUUCGGCUAGGUCAAGGAGAACAAGAACUGGCAACUGAUCUGGACUUCAGCAGGCAAGGUCGUGUCAAUGCGAUGCUUGUUCGGCGAUUAGAAUUGCUUAGUGAAGUGGAAAGGCUUGCAAGAUCUCUUGGACUGCCUGAGGAUGUGGGUUACACUUGUGAAACAGCUGGUUACUUUUGGUUGCUCCAUGUAUAUUCACGUUGGGAGCAAUUUCUUGCUGCAUGUGCUGAUAAUGAAGAUAAACCAUCAUUUGUUCGAGAUCGCUUCCCCUUUAAGGAGUUCUUCUCUGACACUCCUCAGCCUGUUUUUACUGGUCAGUCAUUUGAAAAGGACAUGCGAGCUGCGAAAGGGUGCUUUUGCCAUCUUAAAACCAUGUUUCAGGAGCUUGAAGAGUGUAGGGCAUUUGAAUUGCUCAAGUCAACAGCUGAUCGAGCAAAUUACCUGAUGACCAAGCAGGCAAAGAUUGUAGCAAUGACUUGCACUCAUGCGGCCCUUAAAAGGAAAGAUUUUCUUCAAUUAGGUUUCAAGUAUGACAACUUAUUGAUGGAAGAAAGUGCCCAAAUACUAGAAAUUGAGACUUUCAUCCCAAUGUUGCUUCAGAGGCAGGAAGAUGGUUAUGCACGCCUUAAACGCUGUAUAUUGAUUGGUGAUCACCAUCAGUUGCCUCCAGUUGUAAAGAAUAUGGCUUUCCAGAAGUAUAGCCACAUGGAUCAGAGCCUCUUCACUAGGUUUGUUCGUCUGGGGAUACCCUACAUUGAGCUUAAUGCGCAGGGUAGAGCCCGGCCAAGUAUUGCCAAGCUUUAUAACUGGAGGUACCGUGAUUUGGGAGAUCUUCCUUUCCUAAAGGAGGCUGCCAUCUUCCACAAAGCAAAUGCUGGGUUCACUUAUGAUUAUCAAUUAAUUGAUGUGCCUGAUUACCAUGGGAGAGGUGAGAGUGCCCCUUCGCCAUGGUUCUAUCAAAAUGAAGGAGAGGCUGAAUAUGUAGUUAGUGUCUAUAUGUACAUGCGCUUACUGGGGUACCCAGCAAAUAAGAUUUCCAUCUUGACAACUUACAAUGGCCAGAAACUUUUGAUCCGUGAUGUUAUCAACAGACGAUGUGUUCCUUAUGACUUCAUCGGUCCUCCCAGCAAGGUCACUACAGUUGAUAAGUUCCAGGGUCAGCAAAAUGAUUUCAUCUUGCUGUCUCUUGUGCGUACCCGCUUUGUUGGACACCUUCGUGAUGUUAGACGAUUAAUUGUCGCCAUGUCUCGCGCCCGACUUGGGUUGUAUGUUUUUUGUCGCCGCUCCUUGUUUGAGCAAUGCUAUGAGCUACAGCCAACAUUCCGGCUACUACUUCAAAGGCCUGAUCAUCUUGCUCUAAAUCUCUAUGAGGAUACAUCAUAUACUGAUCGGCACGUUGGAGACACAAGAGAUAGGUAUCUAGUCAGUGGUGUUGAGGAGAUGAGCAGGAUUGUCAUGGAUAAGAUAUAUCGGAUUUAUCAGGUGAGGAACCCCCAAUGGGAUCAAUAUAUGGCCCAUUCUGAACAAGCAGCUGGUGCCGUGAGUGACAAUGGAGCUCCUAAUGACCAUAUGAUUUCAACAUCAUCACAGGAAACUGAGAAUGCUAGCACGCCUGUGCCUCCGAGCAACACAUCCGGAAAUAUUCUCACCAAUAAUGAAGAGGAUAGUGCAGCAGUCCAUGAUCCUGUUAAUGAGAAAGAUGGAGAAUUAUCUCUACAGAGUCAACAGAAAGGGGAAACUGAGCCGGAAGUCCAUAAAUCUGAUGGAAAUGGAGACAUGCUAGAGAGCUCGAAUGAUGAGACAAAGAUGCAGGAGUAGUCUGUUGUAUGAAUCCAUUUAUGGUUGAAGAUCCGCUGCCCCUUUUAUCCGGCAGUGUCAAGGAGCAGUUCCCGGAGAGUUGGAAUGAUACGGUUGACCCUCUUUCUCAUAGUCGGCUCCACUUGUAGACGAGAUGAGCAGUUUCUCGAGAACACCAUCAAAUAGUUAAAUAUGUAAUGUCCUCUGUUCCCAAGGGAGCACGUGGCGAUUUUGAAAUACCGUACUGGAAGAGAUUGUGAAGUGCAUCCUCAGGGUCCAGGGUAGAAAUUGUAGCAUAGUUUCUGCUGUACAGCACCUAAUUAUCGAUCUUGGUAAUAUUAGAUGCAGCCAAUCUUUGAGCUUUGACAAUGUUGUUUCUUUUGAUUUCUGCUUCUCCAUGGCUUGGUUUCCGAAGUUUCGCCAAUAAUCAUCUGAAGAAAUUCGAUUUUUUCUUC